AUGGAAAAACUUUCAAAUCGUGCACAAAAUUUAGUUAAAGAUAUAUCACCAAUAUUAUCAACAUAUAUGUUUGUUAAAUUAAAUGAAUAUGAUGAUAUUAAAAAUCCAAAUGGUAUAUGUAAUUUGGGUGUAGCAGAAAAUCAAUUAACAGAAGAUUUAUUAACAGAAAAAAUAAAAUCAAUACAAACAUGGAAAUCUGAUUAUAAUUAUUAUCCAAAUUCACAAGGUGAAUUAAAUUUACGUCAAGAAUUAUGUCAAUUUUUUCAUCAUGUAUUUCAAUUGGAUAAUCAUGUAAAACUUUUACCUGAACAAAUGUUGAUUUCAGCGGGUGCUAGUGGUACAUUGUCAUUAAUAUGUUAUAUGGUAGCUGAUAUUGGAGAUGUCAUUUUAACAACAUCACCCUAUUAUACAGCGUUUGAUUUCGAUAUUAAUGCUUUGACACAAAAUACGAUAUUUCGUUGUCCAUUACUCGAUCAAGAUAAAGGUUUAUUUUGUUUAAAUGUUGAUGUUUAUCGAUAUGGAUAUGAAAAAGCAUUAGAACAAGGUUUUAAACCUAAAGCUUUAAUUAUAGUUAAUCCUCAAAAUCCAACAGGUGAUAUAUAUGAUGAAGAUAUAAUCAGACCAAUAUUAGAAUUUGCAUAUGAAAUGAAACUACAUGUUAUUGUUGAUGAAAUAUAUGCUUUAAGUUUAUUUCAAACAUCAAUAUCAAAUAAAUUUCAAUCAAUAUUAAAUUAUAAAUCAAUACCAGAUCCAGAACGUACACAUUUUUUAUGGUCAUUUAGUAAAGAUUUUUCUAUGUCAGGUAUACGUAUAGGUGUUGUUUAUACAGGUACAACAUUUUUUUGUCCAAUAGCAAAAAAAAUUAAUUUUCUUAUGACACCAUCUAUAUCAAUACAAGAAACAAUAACAACAUUAAUUAAAGAUAAACAAUGGUUAAAUUAUUAUAUUGAAAUAAAUCAAAAACGUUUAACUCAACAAUAUUUAUAUGUUAAACAACAAAUUGAAUUAAUUAGUCAACAUCGUAUUAAAAUAUAUGAAUCAAAAGCUGGAUUUUUUAUUUGGGCUGAUUUUCGUUCUAUAUUAAAAGAAAUAACAAUUGAUGAAGAAUUAAAAUUAUUUCAAAUUAUAUUUAAUUCAAAAUUAUAUAUUGCAUGUGGAUAUAAUUUAGGUUGUAUUCAACCAGGUUGGUUUCGUAUUAUAUUUUCAUUAAAGCAAACAUGGAUUGAUGAAGGUUUAAAACGAUUAAAAUUAGCUCUAGAUAUAUAUGAAAAUAAUAUCUAA